ACUCCUGGACAAUUGUGCAAAUGGAAUGUGUCAAAAAGAAAAGGAAAAAAAAUAGAAUGGAGACAAGUAGAAACAAUAGAGCUGGCAGGUAGAGAAGAAAGAAGAGUGAAAGAGGCUGCAUGGUCAACAAUACAGUUUACCUGCAAGAGUAAUCACAAAGAAGAAACCUCUCUUUUCUCCUUUAUGCUUCAAACACAUUUCUAACUUUGCAAGCUUCAACUCUACCAAAUUCUUCCAUACUUCUAAUAACCAACAACAACAAGAAGUUUUUGGGCAAAGAAAGAAGUUCAAGAAAGCUUCUUUUUAACAAAACUUUAUUUUCUCCCCAUACAAAUAUUUCACAAGGGACUAUUAUGGUUGGUGUGUUAGCUCAUCUUCUCACCUCCCUCUCUAGAUUUUGAUUCUCUACCCUCUUUCCAUCUCAUUCUACUAUGGAACUUCCAGUAACGACACCGGAUUCCGGUGGCCAGAAGAAAGGUUCAUAUACCAUAGAAACCAGAAAUCUUUCCUAUGCACUCCCUAGUUUGUAUGACGAAUUCAGUUGGAUGUUUUGCUGCAAGAAUCCUAAGAGACCUCAGAAGUUCAUCAUAAAGGAUGUGAAUUGUGAAGCAAGGCCAGGACAGAUUACAGCUAUUGCUGGUCCUAGUGGGGCUGGAAAAACAACACUGUUAGAGAUUCUUGCAGGGAAAAUAUCACCAACAAAAGUCACUGGACAUGUACUAGUUAAUGGUCAUGCUGUGAAUGCCAAAUGUUUUAGGAGAUUAUCCGGUUAUGUCACACAAGAAGAUGCCCUGUUUCCUCUGCUCACAGUUGAAGAAACACUCAUGUAUAGUGCUCUACUGAGGCUACAAAGUGGGAAAAAAGAGGUUGCAAAUAGAGUUGAAGUGUUGAUCAAGGAGCUUGGUUUGGAAAAUGUUGCUGGUGCUAGAGUUGGGGGAGGAUCAAACAGGGGAAUUUCGGGUGGCGAAAGGCGUAGGGUGUCGAUUGGAGUUGAAUUAGUUCAUGAUCCUGCUGUGAUUCUCAUUGAUGAGCCAACAUCUGGGCUGGAUUCAGCAUCAGCACUUCAUGUUAUAUCACUCCUUCAAGUGAUGGUGGCUCAUCAAAGCAAGACAAUUGUAUUGACUAUCCACCAACCUGGUUUUCGUAUUCUUGAACUGUUUGAUCGACUUGUUUUGCUUUCAAAUGGGUGUGUUCUUCACAAUGGUUCGUUGAAGUAUCUAGAAGACAGGAUCAAGUUUUCCGGUCUCCAAAUUCCACCCCACAUCAAUGUUCUUGAAUUUGCCAUUGAUGUCACAGGCAGCAUUGUCAUUCAAUCUUCUGAAACUCCCAAUAUCCAUUUCCAUCUCAAGGAUCAUGGCGAAAAGAAGGGAAGUCUAAGGAAAGAUGAUGAGGGAUAUACAAUUUCCAGCCACAAUGACAACACGUUAGAGACGUGUCCUUCCUAUUCAAAUUCUCAUAUUGAGGAGACUUUAAUACUAGGAGGAAGAUUUUGCAAGAACAUAUUCAGAACCAAGCAACUUUUUGCAACAAGAAUAAUACAAGCAUUGGUAGCAGGCUUUAUAUUGGGGUCAAUAUUCAUGAAUGUUGAUAACAAUCUAGGGCAGGUUGCUUUACAAACCAGACUAGGAUUCUUCGCGUUCAGUUUAACGUUCUUGCUCUCCUCCAUGACAGAAGGCUUACCUAUUUUCUUGCAAGAGAGAGCAAUCUUUAUGAGAGAGACUUCAAGAGGAGCAUAUAGAGUAUCCUCUUAUGUUGUGGCAAACACAUUUGUCUUCCUUCCUUUCCUCUUAAUGGUUGGCCUUCUCUACACUAUCCCGGUUUACUGGCUCGUUGGUCUGAGGCGAAACAUGGAUGGGUUCUUCUACUUUGCCAUGGUGGUUUGGAUGGUUGUCUUAAUGUCAAAUUCUUUCACUGCAUGUUUCAGCGCGCUUGUCCCAAACUUCAUCAUGGGAACAUCUAUUAUUGCUGGGUUGAUGGGGUCUUUCUUCCUGUUUUCAGGCUAUUUCCUUUCAAAAGAGAAGAUACCUAGUUACUGGAUCUUCAUGCAUUACUUAAGUCUGUUUAAGUACCCGUUCGAGUGCUUCUUGAUAAAUGAGUAUGGGGGCAAGGGAGGGAAAAGAUGUUUAGAAAGUGAAGGAGGAGAAUGCAAGUUGUUCGCGAUUGACUUCUUGAGACAGCAAGACGUUAAAGAAUCAUUGAAAUGGAGCAACUUAGCUGUGAUGCUGUGUUUCAUCUUGGGUUACAGAGUCCUCUGUUAUCUAAUAUUAUGGUGCAGAUGUUACAGAACCAGAAACUAGGUUUCAUUCUUUUGUCUUUUUACGGUUUUCUUUUGCUUCUUAUUCUGAUUAUUAAAUUGAUUGGGCAAGUGAAUGUAGUAUUGUAGUUACACUGGAUAAGAUGGAUUAGUCAUUCAUAAAUUUUUCAUGUUCAGAGAUCAUAUGAAAUAAAAGUUUCCCACCCCAUGUUAUAAUUCGGUAA